UUCUCAGCCAGAGGGCAUACUUAGAUCAAGUUCUAGAAAGGUAUCGGAUGUCGAACUGUAACGCAGUGUCAACACCAUUUGACAAAUCCGAUGUCAACACAAAUGCAAAGCCUCUAUCAACAGAAGUGCCGUAUCGUGAAGCUGUGGGCAGUUUGCUAUAUUUGACAAACACUCGCCCAGACAUCUGCUAUGCAGUUAGUAUGGUGGCACAGCAUGUGACUAGUCCAACCAUCAAAGACUGGAACCAAGUCAAGAGAAUCCUUCGUUACCUGCAAGGUUCUAAGGACUACGUUAUACGCUACACGAAGCAGAGCGAUGAACCGAAGAUUCUGAAAUGUUACACCGAUGCAGACUUCGCAGGUGAUGAAAACAGCAGAAAGUCACGUUCAGGAUGUCUAUGUUUGUUUGCUGGCGGAGCCAUUAGUUGGUUUUCAAAGAAACAAAAUUGUAUUUCACUAUCAACUACUGAAGCGGAAUAUGUUGCUGCUAGUGAAGCUGCUAAGCAAGUAAUAUGGCUUAAAGGCUUGUUAGAAGAAAUCAGCAGUUCAUCGAUCGAAGCAACUAUGUACAUUGACAAUGCUGGUGCAGUACAAUUAGCACACAAUCCUUCAACGCAUGGAAGAACGAAGCACAUCAGUGUUCGGUUCCACUUUGUUAGAGAGCACUUCAACAACGGAUGUUACAAAAUGGAACAUGUUCCUGGAAGACUUCAGUUGGCAGACUUCUUGACAAAGAGUUUACCUUCUAGUCGACUGAAGGAACUUUUGAACCUCUCAGGUUUGAGGGCAAAUUAAAAAGAUUUUUGAAACCUGAGAGCCUGUG